GCCGCAGCCGCCGCGUCCCGCCGCGCUCCGCAGCCUCCCGCGGGGAUGGGGCCGGGGCCGGGGCUGCUCCUGGCGCUGCUGGCGGGAUGCUGUGCGGGGUUGGGAGAGGAUGGAGGCAUGGUGCAGCUGCCUGGCGGGAAGUUUCAGAUGGGAUCCAGUUCCCUGGAGAAGAGGAACGAAGAGGGUCCCGUCAGGGAGGUGACAGUGAAGCCGUUUGCUGUGGACAAAUACCCCGUCACAAACCGGGAUUUCAGAGAGUUUGUUAGAGAAAAGAAAUACAAAACAGAAGCAGAAGCAUUUGGCUGGAGCUUUGUCUUUGAGGAUUUUGUAUCUGAAGAGCUGAAGAAAAAAGUCACCCAAAAACUGGAGUCUGCCCCUUGGUGGCUGCCCAUCCAGAAGGCUUUUUGGCGACAGCCCUCAGGCCCUGGCUCCAGCAUAAAGGACAGGCUGGACUACCCGGUGCUGCACGUGAGCUGGAACGAUGCCCAGGCUUUCUGUGCCUGGAAAGGGAAGCGGCUCCCGUCGGAGGAGGAGUGGGAAUUUGCUGCCAGGGGAGGACUGGAGCAAAGGAUGUAUCCCUGGGGAAACAAGUUUCAGCCCAACCGCACAAAUCUGUGGCAGGGCGAGUUCCCAGGGGCAGACACGGCUGAGGACGGUUAUCACGGCGUCUCACCAGUGACAGCCUUCGCUCCUCAGAACAGCUACGGGCUUUACGACCUGCUGGGGAACACCUGGGAGUGGACAGCAUCCCAGUACCUGACACCAGGGCCACAGGCUCAGAGGAUGCAGGUGCUGAGAGGGGCCUCGUGGAUCGACACCGCGGAUGGCUCUGCCAACCACAGAGCCCGUGUUACCACCAGGAUGGGGAACACACCAGACUCAGCCUCUGACAACCUCAGCUUCCGCUGCGCUGCCGACGUCCCGCUCACCGUGGCCGAGAGAAGCCGACGGGCCAAAGCUGAGCUCUAAGGUCACUUGGGAGGACCUGAAGGGAUUUUCUCCUGUGGAGACGAGCAGUAACCCCCAGCAGUCACCUCCAUCAGGGCAGGUUUAAAAAUUAAAAGUAAAUUCUUUGAGCUAAAAGCCCUGUCCACA